AUGCAACACUGCAUUGUUACAACACACUUUGAAUAUUUGUGUAAAGUUUGGAUGGGACAUUGUGUUGCCUACCUGAACGGCUGUUUCAAUCCAACUUUGAACUGCCCAGUCGUACUGACCAAAGCUUCUGAGUUCUCGAGAGAGACACCCAAACAAAUCAAACAACGUGUCAUAGUUGAUAUGGUGGAUGGUCGGGUCAUGAUCAAAAAUAUUGAACAACAAGGAGCAGGUCCACACAAUCAAAUGUUUGGACAGUCAUGCCCACAAGAUAUAAAAUUGUUUGUCGACGAACACCAAUACACGCACAUCACAUCCAAGAUCAAUGAAAAGGGUGCAAAAUAUCACUUUAGUAUGGCCAAGCGGAAGAUGAUCCUCUUUUCAUUCCUCAUUGUCUGCGUUGCCUAUAUCUUAAUCAUUCGGUUCUCUUUUAGAGCCAAUUCAUUCUACUGGUACAUUCCUCUAAUAGUAUUUACAAUUGGAGGUUUUUUAAUUCAAAUGAUUGUACCUGAAGCUAAAUCAAGAAAGUUUCAUAAAAGUUGUAUUAGAUUGGUAAAUAGAGAGAAUCAAGAUCCAAGAGCAAUGGCACGUGGAACAGUUUAUGAAAUCAAUAAACAAGGAACUAUUUAUCAUUUGGUCAUUAAUUAUGUCAAUAGUACUGUACUCAAUAAUAAUAAUAAUACUACCAACUAUUCUGUCGAUUCAUAUGUACCAUCUGUUGUAGCAUAUUCUCCAAACCAAGUACCAGUCAAUACAGUACCAUACUAUCCCCAACCAUUAAUGUAUCCAGGUGCAAGUGCUCCUCCUCCCCAACAACAACAACAACAACAACAAUUCCAAACAACUCCAACUCCUUAUCCACCUCCCAAACAAGGUUAUCAAAUUGAUUAA